GAAAACAAAUAAGUUAUUACUUCACAGCACGGCAAAUAGAUAUUAUAUUGUUUAACAAAGAAAGAUAGCAUCGAAAUCAUUAAAUAUUGUAAUUGUUGCUGUUGUUGUUGCUCUAAUAAUAAAAAUCGUGUCACUACUCAUCCAAAAAGUAUAUCACGAUCACGAUAUGACGAUCACGUAAUAAAAAUAAAUAAAUAACUUGACCGACACUAUAAUACCAACCUUUGAAUAAAAUAUAAAAAAACUGCUGCUGGUAGCUCUUAAUUCUCAUUAUAUCUGCUAGUUUACUGCAUAAACUGACUGAACUGACUGUACCGUGCAUAAAAUAUAAUAGAGUGAAAUCAAUUGUAAAAUGAGAAUGGGCUAUCUUUUUUCCUACUGCUACUGCUGCUGGAGUGUUCGUCGUCUCGUUAAAUAAAAUUGAACCUCCAGUUAGUUAAUGACAAUCCACUAGUCGAGGUGAGGUUUAACUGGAUAUUUAGUACUGCCUCGUUUUUUGGUUGGGUUGCAGUUAGUUGGUUUUAGUAGACAAAUACGCAAACUUUUGUUAGUUUGGGUAUAUUUUAAUUGUUGGGAACUUUUUAUGGUUGGAGUGGAUGGACAGCUCUCUGGUUAAUUAUGUGAACUUUGGGAGGAGAUUAAAUUAAAGUUAUUUUGUGGCUGGUUUAAAAGGUAUGUCCUGCUGUAUAAAUAAAGAAAGCUAAUUAACUACUUAUCUGGUCUCAUCGUCGCCUUAGAAAAAUAAUACGUUGAAUAGGUAGAGAUACUAAACAGCUGUGUGUGGUCAAAAUAUUAAGUACAGGAAAAUUAGGAGGAAUUAAAAUUCAGAGAUUGCACUGAAUUUCUAACUUUGUUAAAUUUUAAAUCAUCUUGUGACUAAAACUAAAUAAAUAAAUACUGUGUACUGGGGUGAAAGUAUUACAUAUUAUAAGGAAGACGACACGGUCAUGAUGAGGAUGUAUUUUUGUGGAUGAAAGAUUUUUGUAUAGUAUUACUACUUCUCUUUGGACUGGUUACACGAUGGAGGGACCUAUUUCGAAAUUUAUGCAUGUCCAACAACCUGAAUCCUACUGGCACCAACCCUCAAGUUCGAACGCUUUCAAAAGUCCGGAUUUAAUUGAACUUAACUCAGACACUGAACGUAGCGCAAAAACUAACGUUGAGCCAUUAAAUUACUCCUCAAGCCAAGAAGAAACCGAUGACGGCUGUGACUCAACGGAUGUGAUCCAUUUGAAAGAGGCUGUUCCUGGCGUGUACGACGUGACCAGUAAUGAUGAAGAGAGUUGCCACCUUCUCCAGACUGAGGACGACUCAGAAAGUUCUCAUUCCGAACAUGAACAUGCAUGGAACUCUUCUGACUCUGCAGGUGGUGGGAGUUCACGUUCCAGCUCGAGCAAUGGGGCCACCAUCUCUGACGGAGAGGAAGAACGGAAUCAUCGAGGAAGUCGGGUGAAACACCCUCCGCAUGAAAAUUACUGGGAUAUGAGUCCAGAACAAGAAAAGUACUACACGGACCAAUUUCUCUCUUUACAAAGUGACCUGAGUGGUCUAGUGAAAGGUGUGGUUGCGAAAGGAUUUUUCGAAAAGAGUAAGCUUCCCUUAUCCGAAUUAAGAGAGAUUUGGCAGUUAGCUGAUGUAACUAAGGACGGCUGCUUGGAUUUAAUCGAGUUUAAAAUGGCAAUGCAUCUCGUUGUCCUACGUCGACAUGGACUCCCGAUCCCCUCACAUUUCUAUGUCCGACCACCCGAUUUCUCCCUGAGACAUUCGCCGUCAGGCCCUUCGUCUCUUUUCAAGAUUAGCGCACCUCAUCCCAAGAGCACAACCACGUCCAAAACAAGGUCAAAUGAGCCAAAUCCGGGCACUUCUUCGCAUCAAUCUCCACUCGCUACUGCUAUCGGGUCCAACGAUUUCUCUAAAUCACAAGUCACACCGGGCAAGCGUCCUAGUAAAGAAUGGACAACAUUUGAGAAUGAGCCGGUAAACUUUUCCUCGACUUGUGAUACGAGUGGUCUCGUGGCCCCUGUCCCCGUUCGCUUAAAAACUCCAGAAGAUAAACUAAUCCUUAGCACGACACCGAGUGCUAGUGCCAGUAAAACUCAUCAGCUGCAGCUCAAGGCAAUUCAACGGCCUAAACUUUCUGGUCAUCAUCCCAAAGUAUCAGGUGGAACGAUUGCACCACCGCCGCCACCACGACGCAAGACUCAUGUUCGAAGCUCCUCUUUGGAUCUCAACCGAUUAACCAUAUCAACCGAGAUACCACCCAACAUGUGUGGGGUCCGAGUGGGGGGUGGAGGUGAAGUCGUCACCUCUCGCAGUUUCCUCUCCCCGUGCCAUCAAGGUGGUGCCUUCGUCUCCGUCUAUCGGAAGCCACAACUACCAAAAGCUGCCACGAUCCACGAACCAUCAGACAUUCCGAACAAUUCUCCUCCUUCCACAAUAGCCAGCAGCUCAUCUACCAACGCCAUGACGCAAUUCGAACAAGAAGUAGACGAUCUGAAAAAUGAGAACGAGCUCCUAAGUCGUAUUUCUGCCCAAUUAUUGGACCAACUGGCCGGAUUACAAUCUCGUCGGCAAUCUGUGGCGUACAAACUCCACCAACUUCAGAGCAACCUCUCAUAAUUUGACGAAAGAAAAUUUUACGCCAACGGAAUUUCACCACUGGUAUUACUAUCUAUACAUGUAUCAUUAUCAUCUAUCUACUAAUUAUUAUAUCAUCACCAACAACACGGAGAUCUGUGCGACAAGUCAUUAAUAUCACUAUCAGCUAAUAGGAUUAUUAACCAACUGCAACUAUCAAUCAGUGGAGUAUUUCAUUUUACAAAGUAAAUAAUAUAACGUAUCCAUAUUUUCUAUAAAGUUAUCUAGUUGGUUGCCUGAGUUUGUACAAUAACAAUACACAUCUUUAUGCAGACACAACUUUUAAGUUUUAGGUAGUACUUAUACUACAUUUAAACUAAUCAAUUCGUUGUCGAUGCACCACCAUCUCUGACUAAUUACAUGUGUGUAUGCACUACUACUGCCUGCCUUUCUGUGAAUCUAAUAUGAAAACUAACCAACCACGAUCUAAAGAUCCUUAACCAUCUUGCUAACCUAUCAUCCAGUAAUUCUGAAGUUAGUUAGUCAGUUAUCGGAAUUACGGGAUUGCCAAGUACUAGCGCUCUUUAGCAGUUAUCAUCGUGCAGAAGGAGGACGUGGUUCAUAAAUAAUCUCCAUAUAUCGAUGCGUAUGAAUCCCAUAUUUUGGUGGAUAGAAGAAAAUUGCAAAAUUUAAGAACCAAAAUUAAUCUCCUACAAUUACAUAUAUAAAAAAUCACAUCAUAUUUUACAUGACAAACUAUAUAGCCCUAGAGUAAAAAAAACGCUUUCAGUGUUGAAAUAUUUUAUCCGUACCGUGCCGUACCGUGGUAUUAAUUAGCCUAUGAUGUUAUCUAACCAGUAGUUCGUAUACAAGGGAGCUAUAUACAUGCAUAUAUAAAGUAAGUAAUUAAUUAUCGCCCACUACGGAAUUAAGAAGGACUGCUAAAAGGAAACUGACUGGACUGGACUAGGGUUUUACGAAAAAUAAAAAAUAUUGACGGAUUCUUCUACAGGAUUCGAAUCAGUAUAGAUUUUCAGCCAUACAAAAAAUUUAUAUUUCAGUAAUUAGCCGAUAAUCAAAUCUUACUAUUAUUAUUAUUUCUGAAGAUACAAAAGGGAAGGUUAGUGCAAACAAAACCUAUUCACAUGCACGCAACACGAGUUACUUGUCCAUACAAAGAAUUUUAAAACCAAUUUUAUCAACCUCACCUUUGGUGUUUAUUAUUUGUAACAGCUACACGCAUAUUUAGUACGUAUAAUAAUCAUCAUUAUUAUUCUUAUUACUGAAUAUUUUUAAUUUUAACCACUAAUUAAAAAAACGAAACACAUUUUUAUAUAGAAAUUUACUACAUAUAUACAUCUCAACUACAGAGUGGACUUCUGUAAAGUAAGUGCAGAGUAAAAAAAGUGGGUGACGAUCAUUUGUAAAUUAAUCAUCGUCUUCGUCUUCUUGACUAGAAGAGUUUUUGGGACCUGCUAUGCUGUAAUUUGGUUUAUAUGUAACACAAGAAAAGAAGGAUAUUGCUUGAGAAAGAGUCAUUUCAACUGUAGAUAGUAAGUAAGUAAGAGAUUGGUAUUUGGUGCGAAUUAUGUAUGAAAAAUUAGUUAAGGUUAACUGGGUCAAAUAAGGGUCAAUAUUGAAUUGUAUUAAAAUGAAGAAAAAGAUUUCUAACCGCUGCCGCCCUUCGCAAUUAUUUACUCCCAGUCGUGUAACAACAAAUAUUAUGGUUAUUGUCAUUUAUUCUGUAACAUUGUGGUGUGAUGGUUUAAUUUUUUGUACCAUAUAGUUUUAUUUGAUUCUCAUUAUUAUGUUGCUGCUGCUGCUGAGAUAAAUGCGAUGCGAUGCGAUUAUUACAUACCAUCUAGAAAGAAAUUAAUAUGAGUGUUCGUCAACAUAUGAAUAAUAAGAAUAAUAACAAUAACCUUAGCAAGAUCUAUUAUCCAUGUGUGCAUUUUUUUCGUGCACUUUCCAAUUUUAUUAGAUAAUUUACUUUGUAAAUUUUCAAUUUUAACCCGACGCAAGAACAAAGAAACAUAGAAAGUAAAAGCCUUGUCUAAUUGAUGCAAAGAUGGGAAAAUGAAAUAAAAUGGUACCAUUUUUAGCCAAAAAAGUCGAUCGAUCCACUAUGCGAAAGUGAAAGGGGGAAAAUCGUGCAGAUAUUUGAUUAAUUUGUGAUGAAUUAUAUAAUGUAAUAAAAUAAAGUAACAUUUGACUGAUUAAGAAAAGAA